AAAGUAUUCCAACAUUCAAGAGCAUUUGAAGUGGAUAAGCAUUAGAAACAAUUUUUAGAAAAAUGAAGGCUUUCGUAGUGGUUUUAGCAUCUUUGUCUGCUGUUAGUGCUGGUGGUGGCUAUUUGCCUGGCGGUAGACAUGGUGGCGGCGGUGGUGGUUUUGGUGGCCAUUCAUCAGGCAGUUUUGCUGGUGCCGUUAGCAGUGCUCAUAGUGGUGGUUUCGGUGGCUCUGUGUCUAGACAUGCUAGUGCUGGUCAUGGUUCUUUUGCUGUACCAGCAGUUUCCUAUGGAGGAGCAGGUGGUCAUGGUGGCGGUUUAGGCGGUGGCUUAGGAGGCGGUUUAGGAGGUGGUUUAGGAGGCGGAUUUGGUAGCGGUGGUGUUUGGGCCGGUAAAUCUGUAGGUGUUGGUGGUGGUUACGGAUAUGGUGGCGCUGGUGGCUUUGCUCGCAAAUCUGUUAAAAGUUUUGGUAUAUCUAGCGGUGGUUUUGGUGGUGCUGGUGGCCAUGGAGGUUAUGGAGGAUCUGCUAGUUUAGGAGGUCUCGGUGGUUAUGCCUCUGGACUUGGCGGUUCAGGUGGUUAUAGCUCUGGACAUGGUGGUUAUGGUGCUGGCGGUCAUGCUGGUAAAGCUAUUGGUGGUUUUGGCGGCGGCUCUAUUGGUUAUAGUUCCGGUGGAGCUGGAGGUCUUGGCGGUUAUGGCUCUGGCGGCUAUGGCUCCGGUCAUGGUGGUGCUGGUGGUUAUGGUUCCGGUCAUGGUGGUGCUGGUGGUUACGGUUCCGGUCUCGGUGGUCAUGGCGGCGCUGGCGGCUAUGGCUACGGAGCUGCUUCCGCAUCUUCUUCUGCUUCCUCUUCUGCCUCUUCAGGUUGGUGGAAACAAUAAGUAAAGUAUUAUCAUUAUUUUUUAAACAAAAAAUUUAUGUAAACGAUAUUUAAUAAAAGACCUUUGUGAUCUCUAAGAA